AUGUGUGAUGCUGACGCUCACCGAGCUCUGCGGGCAGGAAUCCCGGGCCAACACCUGGGCCGGCCGUGGGCGGCGGUGGCCGCGGAGGAAUACAGCUGCCAGUACGGCUCGCCCAAGUACCUGCUGCUGUGCGGCCUGGGCGGCAUGCUGAGCUGCGGCCUGACGCACACCGCCAUCGUGCCCCUGGACCUGGUCAAGUGCCGCAUGCAGGUGGAUCCCGGCAAGUACAAGGGCAUCGUCAGCGGCUUCGGAGUGACGGUGCGCGACGGCGGGCUCCGCGGCCUGGCCCGAGGCUGGGCCCCGACCUUCUUCGGCUACUCCAUGCAGGGCCUCUUCAAGUUCGGCCUCUACGAGGUCUUCAAGAUCCGCUACUCGCAGGUCCUGGGCGAGGAGAAGGCCUACCUGUGGAGGACCGGCCUCUACCUGGCCGCGUCGGCCAGCGCCGAGUUCUUCGCCGACAUUGCCCUGGCGCCCAUGGAGGCCAUCAAAGUCCGCGUCCAGACGCAGCCGGGCUACGCCAGCACCCUGCGGGAGGCGGCCCCCCGGAUGUACGGCGAGGAGGGCCUGUGGGCCUUCUACAAGGGCGUGUGGCCGCUGUGGAUGCGGCAGAUCCCCUACACCAUGAUGAAGUUCGCCUGCUUCGAGCGCACGGUGGAGGCGCUCUACAAGUACGCCAUCCCCAAGCCGCAGAGCCAGUGCACCAAAGCCGAGCAGCUGGGGGUGACCUUCGUGGCCGGCUACAUCGCCGGCGUCUUCUGCGCCAUCGUGUCCCAUCCGGCAGACUCCGUGGUGUCCGUUUUGAACAAGGAGAAGGGCAGCACGGCCUUUGGGGUUCUUAAGACUCUGGGGUUUGGGGGCGUGUGGAAGGGCCUGUUCGCUCGGAUCAUCAUGAUCGGCACCCUGACGGCGCUCCAGUGGUUCAUUUACGACUUGGUGAAGGUGUAUUUCAAGCUGCCUCGCCCUCCAGUUGCUCAGAUGCCCGAAUCCCUAAAGAAGAAGAGUAGGCGUUAAUCGGUGAAGUGCUGUAGCCUCGACCGGUCACUACGGCGGUCAAGGGGUGAACUGCGUCCAAGCAAGACGAGUGUGUGGACGAAUGUUAACAGUUACUAGAGAGGCGACUCAGUGCGCUGUUCAUGUUCUCUUUCGGGGAUUGAUUCCUUCAU